AACGUCCUUGCACCGAUCGCUUAGCAAAAGCGGAAAAACGAGUCUGAUUUCCAGUGGCGGCAACCAAAAACAAAAUAUUCUACAAACAAUUGUACCAACUACACACAAUAAAGCACUGCGACCAACAGAGAAGAAGUUGUAAUAACUGAAGAACAAACUCACUUCGCAAAAAUGUUUUUGGCAAUAAAUCAACUCAAUGGGCAGGCAGCCAAAAGGCGCAAAAAGGAGUGUAUACGGCGGGCAGGUGGUGUUGCUGUCGACGAGGAGACGCUGGCCAAACGUAGCAGUGUAACAAUGCCGCUAGGCGAAAUGCAAGCAGAAACGGAAGCGAUAGCAGCGCCACAAGCGGAUGUGUCAGCAACAACAACGCCACCAAUUGAUGCGUCCGGCACGUCGCUGGCAAGCUCGACUGCCAGCUCCACGGUCAAUCUAAUUGAUGAUAUGUUGCUGGAAACUGCAACCGACAGCAGGACAAUAACAGCCGCUGCGAAUGCGACCAAAAAAGCAACAACGCUGACAGCCGCGAAAUUGCAAUCGACGGCGAAAUGUAAAAAUUGCCAGCAUGCGCUUUCGAAUAGCCAAUGCCGACGGCAACAAAGUGAACCGCAACAGAGGGGAAAGGCAAAAGUGCCUGCGCUUGCCACGUUCACCGGCUGUCGCUGUGACUGCGAUUGUAUAAAUAAAGGUUCGCUUUCUUCAGCAGAAACCCAUCCGCCUACAGUUACACCUUCACUCAACCCGCCUACGCGUUCACCUACAGCGUCUACGGCAGCAACGCCGCCCACUUCAUUGUAUGCGGUCUAUAUGUGCCUUGGCACACUCGCACUAGCCGUGGCCACGCUUUCGGUGCUCUUCUACUCGCAUGUGCACUCUACCAGCACGAAUGGGGAAGUAACUAAAAGUAGCCGAAUGCCAAUAACUGUGACGCCGCCGCCGCCGUCGCCGCCGCCGCCAGAUGCGAAUUUCGUAUUCCGAGAACAAUUUCAACGUGAACUGCUCGCAUCGGAGCAUGUGUUGCGCGGCAUUGUGAUGCAAGUGUUGCAACAGCAAGAGGGUCAACAAAAAAAACAAGCAACACGGGAGUACAAUGGAGCCUUUGGAGGCGCUGAGCCAAUUUCCAACUACCAACAACGCACAAUUCGAGCGACGGCAGCGGCAGCGGGAAUGCCGACGACUACGACACUACCGGCAGCAGCAGUGAUGGUAGCAAGCGAUGGCACAUUGGUGAAAAACGAGCGCAAGUAUGUGGACCAUGCCAGACACGCUGCAGAUACGCCAACUACAACGACAACGAAUGAUGGAAAAACUAUGGCCGAGCAGAGUGGCGUGAGUCACGCUGCAAGAAGACUACGUCGUGAUAUUGCUUCCUCGCCGGCGUCCAUGCACGCUGAUCCCGUUAUUGAAUUUUUCAACCCGGAUCACCGUAAAGUGCUCGAAGAGCAGGAUAAGGAAAUACGCAAACGUACAGGGCUGAAGGGUGCAGCGCCGGGAGGUGAUGAGUGGAUUUACCUAAAUACCUACUGUCGUGUGCCGGAAAAAAUCAUAACCGGAUUCUGCAAAGGCACUCAAGACUACUGUCCACCGGCGCCACAAGGUCCACCUGGCCCUGCGGGUGCCAAGGGCCCCACCGGACCGCCUGGUCUGCCGGGCAUUCCUGGGCCAAAAGGCAAUCGCGGUGAUGUCGGACUACCGGGACCGCGAGGAGUAGAUGGCGCAAAUGGGCCUAUAGGACCACGUGGACCCAAAGGUGACAUUGGUAUACCGGGGCGAGCUGGACUUGAUGGUCGUGAUGGUGUACCUGGUGAGCCUGUCCUAGAUGGUGUACCCGGCCGUGCAGGUGCUGAUGGUAUACCGGGCAAAGAUGGGUUGCCAGGUUUGGAUGGUCGAGAUGGAUUGAACGGUAAAGAUGGUAAGGAUGGUGCAUCGGGACCAAAGGGUGCACAGGGACCACCUGGAGAGCGAGGACUCAAGGGUAUUGCCGGACCACGUGGACGACCUGGUAAGUCCGGUAAAGAUGGAACUCCGGGAAUUCCUGGCAUAAAUGCAUGGAAGGUACAACUUUUAAAUGGCAGCUUCUCCAAUGAUUUACUCAUUCCACCAUCGAUUGCUGAUAUUAAUGCGCCAAACAUCGAACGCUUUGUUAUUGUUGAGGAGGGUAAGACGUUGAAUUUGAGCUGUGCGGCCAGUGGUAAUCCCAUGCCGCACGUUGAGUGGCGACGCGAUGACGGACGUACAAUCAAUAUUAAUGGCGUAGAAAUGUCAUCGGUUAGUGGACCUUAUUUGAAAUUCACAAAUAUUACUCGACAUCAGAUGGCUGCCUACACUUGCUUUGCGGAUAAUGGUUUGGUGCCAGUUGCAAAUGCUACCUUUCUCGUUCAUGUUUACUUCUCGCCAAUGAUUGCAGUCUACCGGCAAAUGAUUUAUGCUGAGUACGGACAGAGCGCCACGCUGGAAUGCUUG